AUGAACAUGGAGGAUUUUGAUAGCGAUGGCAGUGAUAUUGUCAUAGAAUUCAAGGGAUUUGAGUAUGAGAAUGAGGACGAGAAUGAUUUUGUGCCGGUUGAUCCACUGGAUCGGGCACAGAAAUAUCUCCAUCUAGAAGAUAACUUGGACCCUGCCUUGGAUAAAUCCGAUAAGCUGUGGAAGAUCCAGCGGUUCAUGGACCUCCUCUUGCAUCAGUUCCAGGCCCUCUAUGAGGUCAAUGGGUUUGUGAGCGUGGAUGAGUCCAUGGUAAAAUACAAGGGACGCCUUGCCUUCCGGCUGCCCCGGUUGGCUGUUUCUGAGGAGGCUGACGGCCAGGAAGCCUGGAUCCAGGCGGCCCACUCUGACACUGUGUCCCCCCGUGCACAGGCUCUGGGUGCCGCCUCGAGCCAGGAGACUUCCCCGGGCAGAACCCCGCCAGUGGAUCUGCGGGACGCCCCGCUGAGCUCCGCCCCCUCGUCCCGGAACGCCGCUGCUUCUGCCCGCCGCCGGGCGCUCGGAGACGCCGAGGCGGACCUCUCUGGGACGGAGCGCUCCCAGUUCGCCAACGGCCAGAGGUCCCAGGCCCCAGGCAGCCCGCCGGCCUCUGACGUUCCUGAAGGCGUGGCUGGCAGAGGUAAGUGCGCGUUCAGCCCGUUUCCCCCUGUGCAGGAGCGUCUGAGGAACGGCAGGAUCCCCCGGGAGAAGCUCCGGGGACCGUCCCCCCACCAGGCAGGGGAAGAGGCCGGGCCCUCUGGGAAGCGGCAGAAGAACGGGGGCCGCUGUUUCCCCGACCAGAGGCUGACCGCUGAGCCCGAGCUGGAGGAGAAGCAAUUGGAUAGCAGAGAUAAGCCGUCCCAGGGCUCCCUCAGCGGCCCCCAGCGAGACCCACCAGAGCCCCACCCCUUCCCCAAACCUGAGCUGGCCAUGACACAGAGCCUCACUCUCAUCAGCUCAGAGAACUGGCAGGAGAAGAUGGAAGGGCUCACGGUGCUGCGCAGUCUGGCCCAGAACCACGUGGACACGCUGCUCCCCAGGCUCCGCGACGUCUGCCUCGCCCUCGUGCAAGAGGUAUCUAUAUACCUCGCUGUGUGUAAAACCAUAGCCGUGUGCACGCUGGGCGUCCUGUACUGCCACCUGCAGCGGGCCAUGGACAAGGAGGUGGACACCACGGCCAGGGCGCUGCUGCACAAGGCGGCCGAGAGCAACGCCUUCAUCCGGGAGGAAGUGGACGCGGCACUGGGCCACAUGGUGCGGCACUGCACGCCGGCACGCUGCAUCAACGCCUUCCUGGACGGGGGUUUGAGUGCGGUGAGGAACUGCGCCGCCCAGCACCUGGCUGACCUGCUGGAGAGGGUGGGCGUGGCCCGCCUGCUGUCCGGAGGGAAGGACGUGACGGACAGAAUCCUCCCGGCCGUGGUCAAGCUGGCCCUGGACUCCUCCCCGGAACCCAGGUCCUUUGGCCGCCGGAAGUUGCUGUUCCUGUCCUCCCACCGGGACUUUGAUAGCCAGCUGGAGAAGAACAUCCCCACCAAGGAUCUUUCCGCCGCCCGCAAGGCGGUCAGUGGACUCAAGGCAAAGGGUCUGGGUGAGACGCCCCAGACCCCAGCCUCGCUUCCCGGCAGUGGCACCGCCAGGGCCUCGACGCUCCAAAGGAAGCUCCCCAAACAGACCAAUGCAGAGCCCAACUGCAAGUACAGCUCCAAACCUCAGGGGCCCAUCAUCGAAGACAAGGCUGAGUACAUCAGGCAGCUCACCGCUCUGCUGGAGUCCAAGGACUUCAGGGAGCGCAUCAAAGGCCUCGACCAGCUGGUGGCCGACUGCCAGCACAACCCCAGCAUGGUCAUCCGUAGCCUGUUCCCGGUGUUUGACCUCUUCAGAGACCGCCUGCUGGAGUCCAACCGUAAGGUGAACCUUUACGCCCUGGAGGCCCUGCAGGGGAUGGUGCGCCUGCUGAAGGACAACCUGUCCGGGGUGCUCAACCACCUGGUGCCCGCCAUCGUUGACAACCACCUCAACUCCAAGAACCGCGCUGUGUACUCGGCCGCCACAGGGGCCCUCUGCGAGCUGGUGCUGAACCUCGACAACAGCCUCCUCCUUGAGCCAUUCUGCUUCAAGGCACGGGUUCUUAGCGGCCAAGCAAAGGUGGACCUGAUCGAGAAGGUUGCAGAGCUGGUGAUGGAGCUGUACCCCCGCCGGCCCCAGCUGGUGGAGCAGAAGGCGCUGCCCCUGCUGUGGGGCCUGCUGGGCCCGUCCAGCGGCAGCGUGCACCGGGCGACUACCAGCCUGUGCCGAGCCCUCCACCAUCAGAUGGGGCCCGGCCUGCAGCAGAGCGCCGCCUCUCAGCCCCCGAGCGUCGGCAGGGACCUCAACCAGCUGCUGAGAACCAUGUCCUGA